AUGUUUGAAGAGCGGGACAAUGCUAUGAGUGGGGGAACUUGGGUAGAUUUAGAAAAGAGGCUGAAAGCAGCACCGGAUUCAUUAGAUUGGGUCACUGAGGGGAAGACUCUAAAACCACUUGAACAGGGGGACUGUGCUUCUUGUUGGGCUAUGGCCACGAUUAGUGCUGUUGAAGGUAGAUAUGCGAUAGUGACAGGGAAAUUAAAGAGAUUUUCGGUGCAGGAGUUGGUCGAUUGUACUUAUGAAUACACAGGAAGCGACACAGGGUGCAGUGGAGGCUGGUUUACUAAAUCCUACAAGUACAUGAAGACAGGAGGACACCUUACUCUUGAUGCUGACCUUCCUUACAAUGCUAAAGAUGGAACGUGCACAUCAGCCAGCCUACCCAACGGUUUCAAAGCAGCAAGUCUAACAGCCUGGAAACAGGAAAAGAACCCGACUUUCGACCAGAUGGUGGUUGCUAUACAGGAUGGCCCUGUAUCUGUUGGGGUCAAGGCCCAGGACGAUUUCUUCCAGUACGGCACAGGAAUUUACUACAAUCCGACCUGCUCAACCGACCUCAAUCACGGGCUGGUCGGUGUGGGCUACAGUCCCAGUUACAUUGUUCUGCGAAACAGCUGGGGGUACGAUUGGGGACAAGGAGGGUACGUGUAUUUCACACGGACUCAUGGCAAUGUGUGUGGACUUACCUCUUACAUGGUCUGGGGAACUCUGACUCCUAACGGCGGGACAGACGACGACCCAGCAGCCAUCCCUGAGAGUGCUAACGGAGUUUGUAGAGACCAGGAGCCGGAGCAGUGCGGGGAAUACGGACUGAUUGGGUGCUCAGAUCCGAUGACCAGUAACUUCAUGAAGACAAACUGCAGGUUUACCUGCAAGAUCUGCACUGUGCCCACAGGAGACGACGAUUGUCCUCCGGGUGAGAUAAAAUGUGGAGCGGAGUGUAAGGCGCCGUCCAUCUGUCAGCAUUCUGGAUAGAGAGUAGAGAUCUUGACAUAUCAGAGGGCAGCCGGUGGUAGUACCAGUGCCAGUACCAGUGACUCUAAUCUAGUGGAGCUACCACUGCCAUGCCACCGGUGGCACCAUUAUGAUAUCAGCUGCUCUUUAGUUUAUAUGGAAACAUGAACUUUCCUGAGCUGAGAUUAAGAAUCUAGCAGUGAUAUCUAGGACUCGAAGUCAAUAAAUUUUAAUUUAGAAUUAGAAACAUUAGUUAUAAUUAUAAUUAGCGUUGAUCGUUGAUUUGAGCUGAAAUGUUUAAUUUGGUAGUAUAUUUUGAAUAGUAUAUUUUGAAUGGAGCAGAGCCCGUCAAAAACUAUUUUGAGAUCAAGAGCUGAUUCCAAAGAGGACUCUUACUGAUUAUAAUAAGUGGGCAUAUUGUCUUAUUUUAUCAUUUGGUCACAGUACUUGAUCUUCAACUUUAAAAUUAUCACAGUUAUUACAUUUUAU